AGAAAGAGUCCGCUUGGUUUUCUUCGUCGUCCUCCCCACCCUCCGCAGACCAGCGCCCCUGGUGGCGGCUCGAGGGAAAAGCAUGUUGCCCAGCAGCGGCGCCGCUGCUCCCUCGACACCUCCUCCUCCUUCUGGGCAGGCGCGGCCCUAAGGAAGGGACUGAGCGGCCAGGAGAAGAUCAUCCAGGCUGACAAAGGCAAGAAGUGAAUAUCCAUGACAGAGAAUCAGAGACACAUGCAGAACCAAUCACUCAGAGAAGUUUGGCAACUCACAGACAGUCACAGCGUGGAUUAUUUAGUUGUGAUGUAUUCCACUAGAGCUUAACCAUGGAACUGGGGAAAGGAAAGUUGCUACGAACUGGCCUCAAUGCCUUAUAUCAGGCCAUUCAUCCAGUGCACGGAAUUGCCUGGACAGACGGAAAGCAAGUAAUACUGACAUCUUUAUACCUACAUAAUGGAGAGCCUCAGUUUGGCAACUCAAAUGUCGUUGGUCAGUUUGAACACGUCCAUGGACUUCACUGGGGUCCGUCUUCUGAUUCUGAUCUCCCUGCCCUCCUUGCUAUUCAGCAUAAAAAACAUAUCACCAUGUGGCAACUGUGUUACAGUGUUUCUGAGAGAAACAAACUGAUGGUUUAUCAAAUUAGUGAAAUUAGUGAGCUGUUUCCCAUACUUCCUCAGGGGUGUGUGUGGCAUCCAAGCAAAGAAAUCUUGGCUGUGUUAACAACGCGAGACACAUCAGUCCUGCACUCGGUUCGGCUCAACAGUUCCAGGAUCAAAGCAGAUAUUAAAGGCACUGGUCUCAUCCACUGUGCUUGUUGGACUGAGGAAGGCAACCGCUUGGUGGUAGGGAUAGGCAGUGCCCUCCAUUCCUAUAUUUGGGACGAUGAUCAGAAAACAUUAUGUGCAUGCUCUUUUUGCCCAGUAUUUGAUGUGGGAGGCUACAUCUGUGCAAUUGAAGCCACCUUGAAUUCUCAAGUGGCUGUUGCUACUGAGCUUCCAUUAGAUAAAAUAUGUACUUUGAAUGCCGGUAUUUCUUUUGAGAUGCCAUCUGAGGUUGUGGGAAACUCUGUUCCUUCCCAAACCACCUCACUGAGCUGUGAAGAAGAGCACUCCAUGGAGGGUGGAAAAAGGCUACCAGACCAAGAGAAAUCUGGGUCAGCAUCUUCUCCUGUGGAUCUGACCCAUCUCUCCUCAAGCAAACAGCGAUCUGAUAAUAGUCCUCUAGUUCAUCUUAAAUCCAAGGAUUACCUCACAGGAAGUGGUCAAGAUGCCUCACACCUGAUUUUGGUAUCGUUUGAAAGAAAAGUGACAGCUACCAAAAAGGUCAGCCUCCCCGGUAUUCUGGUCCCUGAUAUAAUGACUUUUGAUUCAAAAACUCAAACUGUUGCUGUAGCCUCCAACACUUGUAAUCUAAUUUUAGUUUACUCUUUAACCCCAUCUCAUUUGCCCAAUAUUCAACAGAUUCAACUGGAUAAAAGCGAGAGGCCUAAGGGAUUAUGUUUCCUCACAGAUAAACUCUUGCUGACAUUGGUUGGAAAACAAAAAUUAACAGACCCUGCUUUUCUUCCAUCCUCACGCUCAGACAAGUACAUUCUCCGCUUGAUGAUCAAAGAGAUUGUAAGCAAAGAAGGUUGUUCCACGCUUUCAGGUGCUACCCAGGUUUGCUUCACAAAUGUACCUGUAAAGAAAGAGACCAUUGAAACACAUGCUUCAGAUGCUCACCCUCUGAAAGAUGGUUUGCUGCUUCCAGGUUCCACUGUUCUUCAGUCCCCUAGAAGUAGAAGAAAACUCAUAGAAGAAAUAAAGAGCCCUGCGACUGAGCAGAAUCUGUCAGUGAGUAUGGUUGACUCCAAGGAGAAGAAGAUUCCCAAGGACUUCCCUCAGUCCCUGGAAACUUUAGAUAUUGAGCCAACAAAUCGCUCUCUGGUUCUUCAAGGACUUGAAUCAUCUUCAGGAGUGUCAAAUGUACCCAUUCCACAAAACAAAUCACUCCACAGUUCUCAUGAAAUGUCAAAUGCCUCAAAAACGAACUUAUUGCGAAGUGACAAAGAAGCCAGUUACAUCUCUAAAAACCUGGAAAGACUGUGCAGCAGCUUUACAGAACUGCAUCAUCAGCUUUUUGAAGUGACAGAACUUCUGAAGUCUGGGAAAAAAACUGUUCCACGAUACCCAUCUUCUCGUGAACCCUCUUUUGUUAACAUCAUUUACCAGAAGGAGUCUUCAGGAAAUGUUACAUCUGAAAAGCGAGCUGUUAUCCUCUGUGAUGGUAAACUUCGUUUAAGUGUCAUUCAGCAGAUUUUCAAUUUGUGUCUCAUUGAAAUGCAGCAUGAUGUAUCCUGGAUUGUUCUUGCUGCAGACAGUGAAGGCUUUAUUCCGUUAACAUUUGAUACCCUGCAGGAAAUAGUCAUAAGAGAUGCUAGUGCCAACUGUAACAACUCUUCCAAAAUGCUGGAUACCGUCAGUUCUACAGGUGGGUACACGAAGAUUUCUUCCCAAACUCUGGACCUUGCUACCAGUUCUAUGGAAGUACUGAGAGAAUGUUCUUCCCAGAGUCUUGUAGGGAGCAGCAGUUCUUCAGGGCAAGCCACCACACCCUCAUGAAUGAAGAAAAGUUGUUCAGCAAGGUUGAUUUGUUAGUGGUCCUUACUCUGGGCAUAAUUAAAACUGAUUUUUCACUCAAUGUUAUGUACUGUAUUGUACAACUGUGUGAUGCUUUGCUGUGUUGUAGAUCAUGCCUUGCACUGUCAGUUUGGGUGCGUUUUAUUUUCACAAUUUUACCACUUUGUGCAAACUGCAGGUCACUUCCAUGAUGCAUUUAAAUUAUUUGUCUGGCAGCUUUUGUAGACCAGGUUCGCAUGUUAACCCUGUUUGCUAAGUUGACUCAACAAAUUUAUAUUUUCACAUUGCAUCACCUGUUGUGUUUUUCUACUAAAUACAAAGUUAAAUGUUAGCCAAAGCAUAAACAUCUUGGGAUGGGAGUGCCCUUUACAUUUACUCAGGAGAAAUCUCAUUGGCAUGAAAAGACAGGGGAGGAAAUGUAUGGAUGUUGUUUCUAGUGCUUGUUGAAGUUGAAAACAAAUGUGGGUCAUAUUUAUUUGUUAUUUAUUUAUUUAUUAUAGUGUCAUAUAACAAAAGUCCUGCAACUGCAGUUUCUGUAUUAUUAAACUAAGAUAAUUUUGUAUUUUACCAGUGCCUGUUGAGAAUGCUAUGCACUUAAACAAGUUAUUUAGCUCAGUUUAUGAAAGUACUCACUAAUUAGUACCAAAGUCCUUUAGAGGAUAAAAGCUCCUUAUUCUGAACAUAGUACAUCUCAUCUCUGUCUUCCUUCAAACGGUCCAAUCACUAGACAUGUUUUUACUAUGCAUGUAUAGAAAGUGAACAGCUCUAGGCUGUUUUCAGAAUAACAAAAAAGGAAAUGUAUAUAAUUCAUAAUGGUUGUAUGCAGGCUUUUUGCUAGUAAGUCUGAAAUGGUAUUACAGCCACUGUACUGUUUGUAAUCAUUGUGCUGAAUGGGUUUGAAGAUGUUUGGGAGGUUGCAGCUGGUGCAGAAACCUGCUGCCCAUGUAUUGUCAGGGAAAGUGAGAAGUGAAAUUAUUAUGCCAGUUAUUAUUAUACUGGCUGUCAGUGAAUGACUAGGCCUAAUUCAGAAUGUUAGUACUAUUGAUAAAGCUCUAAAUGGCUGAGGGCGCAAAUAAUUGAACUUCUGUACUGACCAACCUGGGAUUUAAGACCAUCUGGAGAUGCUCUGCUUGUGAUGCCUUUAAUGAAUGUAAUCUAUAUGGCAGAGCUUUCUCAUUGGUGGUAGCCAAACUGUGGAACUCCCUCAUGAUGAAGAUCCGGUUGUCCUUUCCCCCAUGCUGUUGUUAUUUAGGCACCAACUGAACACAUAUUGACUUGUGUGAGCCUUUGGGGGAUAGGGAAGUGCAACAUUGGUUUACUGAACUGUAUUGUGUCUUUAUUAUCUCAGAAUUAUUUUAAUAGUAUUUAUGUGUUAGCAGUGGUGGCUUCUGGACUGAGCAUGAACUGAUGUCUGACUCCAAAAUGAGGGGGAGAGAUAUCCCCUCCCUUGCUCAAUUCAUGGGUCGUCUGUGUAUAUAGGACUAUUUUUAUGUACAUGGUUAAGCUGCCUCUUUGUGAGGAAGGGCAGCAUAUAAAUAAAACCACUAUAAAAUGUUUAAUUUAAUUUUUUUAUUCAGAAUGUGUGGCAGCCAUUAAAACAUAGCUGUUGUAGUUUGAGCUUCUGGCAUCCCAAUACAUCACUGCUAUCUAAUUCAUUGCAAGAUUUGUUGACUGGUAUUAAAGUAGAUCAGUGUUUUAUUUCUCUUGAGAGUGCUGAUAUUUUGCACUACCGUUUUGUUGGUGGGAGGACAUCAUAUAUUGCUGAAGAUGUGCUUUACUUAUGGAUGAAAAUGAAACAACUGGAUAGGGUUCCCCAGAUGUGUCAACAGAGAAAAAAGAUCAAAUGCGGCCAAAUUAGAUGGUUUAUUGAACAUACACCAAGUGAACAUAUUACAAACAUUGCAUUAGCAAAUGACCUGGACUAUCUUUUAAAUGGGUAAAUGUGUAAAAAUGUCAAGUAUGACAAUGUGAUUAUCUGUAAAAAAGAAAGCAUUUAAUAUUAAAUAUGAAAUUUGGACCAAGA